UCCUCACACUUCUCCUUCUCUAGCCAUAAAAAAAAAACCCUUCCUUUUCUCUCUAGGCCCAAUCCUCUUCUUCUUGUUCUCCUUCUUCCCUUUUGGGGUCCUUGAAUUGAUUCCUUCCCAUCCAUCAUAACCCCCUUUUUGGCCUCCUCCUUCUCUUCUUCAAUGGCUGAUCCCUUUUCCAAUUACUUCAACAACAAUGGCUUCUACCAUAGCAACAACAACAACAACAACAGCAGCAGCAAUUGGCACUUCAAUCUCCCCUACCACACCAAUAAUUACCUCAACCAUCUCCACCACUUCUCCUCCUCCACCUCAUCAUCAUCACCUUCUUCCUUCACCAACUUCUUCUCCUCAACGCCAUCAUCAAGAGAGCAGUUUCAUCAUCAUGAAUACUCACCACCUUCACCUCCAAUUAGGGAAGCACUCCCACUGCUGAGCUGCCUCAGCCCAACAAGAAGGCCCAUGGACCUGGACCAUCACCAGCUCAUGACAUCAUCAACAUCAUGUGAUGAUCAUGAAGAAGAAGAUGGCACUGUCACUGUGGCUCUACAUUUAGGGCUUCCCAGCCCAAUAUCUUCCUCCUCCACAGCAGCAACAACUACACUGGAGAUUUCUGCUGCUGCUAGAAAAGAAGCUGUGCUUAAUAUCAAUGGGAGAUCUGAGGUUGCUGUACUUCAUAAUGAUAGCAAUAAUCAUGGUGGUGAUGUUGAUGAUGAUGAUGAUGAUCAUUAUAGUAAUGGGAGUAGCAGUAACAAUAAUCAGGUGCAGCAGCUCCAUGGUAGUAAUUAUAAUAGUAAUGGAGGAGGAGGUGGAGGGAUGAUGGUGAUAAACAGGAUAAACAGAGGACAGUACUGGAUCCCAACACCAGCCCAGAUCCUGAUUGGCCCAACUCAGUUCUCUUGCCCUCUUUGCUUCAAGACCUUCAACCGCUACAACAACAUGCAGAUGCACAUGUGGGGCCACGGUUCGCAGUACCGGAAGGGCCCCGAGUCCCUCCGCGGGACCCAGCCGACGGCGAUGCUCCGGCUGCCUUGCUACUGCUGCGCCCCGGGCUGCCGGAACAACAUCGACCACCCGCGGGCCAAGCCGUUGAAGGACUUCCGCACCCUGCAGACUCACUACAAGCGGAAGCACGGGAUCAAGCCCUUCAUGUGCCGGAAGUGCGGCAAGGCCUUCGCCGUCCGAGGUGACUGGCGGACCCACGAGAAGAACUGCGGCAAGCUCUGGUACUGCACUUGUGGGUCCGACUUCAAGCACAAGCGGUCGCUGAAAGACCACAUCCGGUCGUUCGGCAGCGGACACGCCGCCUACGGGAUCGACACGUUUGAGGAGGAAGAAGAAGAGGAGGAGUCGGAUGUGGAGCAGCAGGAUAACAACGAGUCGUGAUGAUGAUGAUGAUGGUGGUGGUGGGUGUGACUCGGUGACUCGGUGGUGAGUUGAUAGUGUUAUAGUACGUAGAUGGUUUAGCUAGGGUUUUGGCAAUUGCAUUAGUUUUUUUGCAGAUUUUGGGUUGAUCGUUUAUUACAAUGUGGUGGGGGAAGUCGUGUCAAAAGUAAUCCAGCAAUGUAGCUUAGCUUGGAGGACGGAUUGAUGAUGAUGAUCGGUUUUCAUGUUUAAGUGUGUUGUUAUUUGAUGAUUUUCCAUGCAUGUGGCGGUGUUGAUGUUAACUUAGGUCGAUUUUGGGGGCAAAUUAAACAUACAUACACCUCUAUUUAUCGGUC